GGAGAAGGCCAAAAGGGGGUGAAAAACCCACCCUCCCUCCAAGGAGCUGGCUAGCGGCAAGUCCCAACGCCUGCCGCCUUUGUGAAGGGAGGGGAGCAGGCGCUGCCCCCCUUGGUAGCAGCCCCUCCCUCUGUCCCGCAGAAGAAGAAGAGGUGGACAAGAUGAUGGAGCAGAAGAUGAAGGAGGAGCAGGAGCGGAGGAGGAAGAAGGAGAUGGAGGAGCGCAUGUCCCUGGAGGAGACCAAGGAGCAGAUCCUGAAGCUGCAGGAGAAGCUGCAGGCGCUGCAGGAGGAGAAACACCAGCUCUUCCUCCAACUCAAGAAAGUCCUCCACGAAGAGGAGAAACGCCGCCGCAAGGAGCAGAGUGAUAUGACCACCUUGGCGGCGGCGGCCUACCAGCAGGGGAUGGCUGUGCACGCUGGGACCCACAUCCUCAACAUGCAAGGGAGCCCAAGUGGGCACAACAGAGCUACCACCCUCAUCCCGGCUGACCGUGUCAAGCAGAUGUUCGGGCCGCCGGUUAUCACGACCCGACAUUUUGCAACCCAGCCGGCUUUCCCAGCCGGCACCCCGGAACACGGGCAGUACCAGGGCAGCCAAUCCGGGCACAGCCCCUACGCCGUGGGGCAGAGCCAGCACACGGUGCCCGUCAGCUACGCCAGCAGCCAGUCCAUCCGAGGCCCGUCCGCUUUCUCCACGAUGCAGUAUCUGCCCCAGCAACAACCUGGUUAUGCCAUUCACGGUCACUUCCCCGCUGCCCAAGCAGGUUUCAUCCCGCCGAGCAGCACCAUCCCACUUCAGAAGCAGCUGGAACACGCCAAUCAGCAGUCCGGAUUUUCCGAUUCGUCGACCCUCCGUCCGAUGCACCCCCAGGCCCUCCAUCCGAACCAGGGGCUCCUCCAGGCCUCGCAGCUCCCUGUCCAGAUGCAAACCACCGCCAAGGUAAGCCCGGAGGCGGGGGGAGGGAGGUUGGCACAGCCGGUGCCCACCCCCCGUGUGCCCCUUUUGAAUGGGGG